ACCUUAUCUGAACAGGUUAUUGGUGAAUAAUUACGCGAAGAGAAGUCGUUAGAGUGAGAGUAUUUAUACCCUAGUUAAUUGAGAGUUAUUUGUGAAUUAUGGCAUUGGUUCACACAAGUUUUUACGCCAAUCCUUUGGAGACUUCCAGGCUUUCACAGCGCGAACUUCUCGCGCGCAUUUUCGGCCGUCAGGAAGCCAGCGAACAUGUCCGCGGUAUGGAUUUCGAAGAAAACUCCAGCGAUUCUGGCUCUGAUCAUGAAAUGGAGGAAUUUAAUGAAGAUUUUGAGUGGGAAUGGGAUCCAACGACACUAUCAUCUUCAGUGUCCCUCACUCGAGGUAAUAAGGAGGUGCUGUUCCACCCUGAUUACAGCUGUGGAACUGCAGCAGCAAAAGGCUCCCAGCCCCUUUGUCAGGGGGGAGAAUUCUACUGGGAAAUCAAGAUGACCAGUGCAGUCUAUGGUACUGACAUGAUGCUAGGAGUGUGCAACAGUGACCUGGAUAUUACUCAAUACAAAACCUCAUUCUGCAGUCUUAUUGGCAAGGACAGUAAUAGCUGGGGGCUUUCUUACACUGGUAAUUUUUAUCAUCAAGGGAAAGCCCAGAAAUUCUCCUCAAGAUUUGAUCAUGGCUCAGUUAUUGGAGUUCAUUUGGAUACAUGGCAUGGGAAGCUUUCUUUCUUUAAAGACAAUGAGCCACUGGGUGUGGCAGCUAAUGGACUUAAUGGGAAACCACUUUAUCCUGUGGUGUCUUCAACUGCAGCAAGAACAAAAAUGAGGUUGCAACGUAGUUCAUCGUCAUCCUUUUCUCUGCAGUAUCUUUGUUGUGCAGCGAUUGGCAAACAUCUACCAAAUCUUGAAGCUCUUAAGGCUUUACCCAUACCACCUGGGGUGAAACGACAUCUUUGUAAUGAACUUGAUUGGAUCUUCAAGGUCCACCUUCCCUCACAAGUGAAGAAAACCAGUGACACUGAUUUGUGAUAUCUGUGUUUUGGAAACAUUUUAAUUUGUAUCAAGGAUGAAAUUUCAUCAUAAAAUGGAAAUGGUGUCUUUACUUCAAACUUUAGUCACGCUGGGAAAAAUGAAGUAGAACUGCAGAGCCAUUGAAGGAAGUAAUUUACUAAAUAUAUUUUCGUAUGAUCAGAAUAUUGUCAAUACUGAAUGUGUAUGUGUUGUUGUGCAUCAGGAUUUUCUAAAGAGGUUUAGUUAAUUAGUGUGAAAUUAUCUAACUGAAUCUCACUCAAAAAAGCCACUGUAUAGGAUCUUUGUGUUAUUACUGAUAGUAUUCUUUAGUCUACUUAGCUGGAAGCUACCUAUCUUGUCAGGAUGAUUUGAAAUACAUAUCCCAGGAAACUUCAAAUGCACUAUCACUACUAGAGAUAAGGUUUAAAUUUAUGGCUGAGUGAUUGCCAAAACUGAAUAUGUCUUGGGUGGUUACCUUGAUCUCCAAAGUGUACAUUGAAUUUUUCACGUUUAAGUUAUGUACGAAAAGUUUGAACAACAAGAAAAUAGGGGCGUGGACAAAGUUAGAUAUUUGUAGAGUUGUAUUUAUUAUACUCUUUUUUUUGUACCUAUGCUUGGAAAUAUGUCACAGAGUAUUGUAAUUUAUUUUAAAAUAGACGAAAGAUAGGAGAGAUAAUUAAUGACAAGAUGAAAUUAAUUGAAAGCUUGAUGAUUUUGUUUCAAAUAGAGUUAAACAAUGUGUAUCUGGUUUGCAUCCUUUGAGGAAAAAACUUCUUUUUUUUCUUGUUGAUCUGUCUUUUUUUGGUGACCUUUUUUUUUUACUGUGCACCAAAAAAAACAUAAAAUACUUUGUUGAGUUUUUUAAAUAUAUGAAGCCUUACCUUAUGAACAAUAAAUCUAGAAAACAACAACAGAUCUGGCUUGCCAUAUGUAUAACUUGUUGUAACUAGAGAGAGAUUAAAAAAGUAGAUAAAACUGAAA